GUUACCAGGCAAGUGAAAGACGGUGUGAAGAACUGAUUACGCAAGUUCCAGAAUCUACAAGGCCGCUUUUAAGGCAAAUUGAAGCCAUGCAGGAAACAAAUGCCAGAGGAGCCGAAGCUUGGGCUGCUGUUGAAAGAAGUCUUAAUUCUCGACUUCAGGAAGCUGAGGCUAAAGCUGCAACUGCUGAGGAAAGAGAGCGAUCUGUGAAUGAUCGCUUAUCUCAAACCUUGUCUCGAAUUAAUGUUCUUGAGGCUCAGAUUUCAUGCCUUAGGGCAGAACAAACUCAAUUAAGUAAGACCCUGGAAAAAGAAAGACAAAGGGCGGCUGAAAGUAGGCAGGAAUAUCUUGCUGCAAAGGAGGAAGCUGAAACUGAAGAAGGUCGUGCGAGACAGCUUGAGGAAGAAAUUAGAGACAUAAGAUAG